UCAUUCAUUUUGUAAUUUGUGAAUACCUACUGAAUAUCUGUGAUUGUGAUUAAGUUUCUGAAAACACUACGAAAAUAAGGCAAAUAUUGCAUCUCUUGUUUUUCUAACACAAUGGCAACAACUUUGGAAGAUAAAUCCAUCUGGGAAGAUGGAGAAGAAGCUCUAAGUGAAGAAGUUUUGCGUAUGCCAACUGAUGAAAUUAUAAGCCGAACUCGCUUGUUGGACAAUGAAAUCAAAAUCAUGAAAAGCGAAGUUAUGAGAAUUUCCCAUGAAUUACAAGCACAAAAUGACAAAAUCAAGGAGAACACGGAGAAAAUUAAAGUUAAUAAGACCCUUCCCUAUUUAGUGUCAAACGUUAUUGAACUGUUAGAUGUCGACCCACAAGAGGAAGAAGAAGAUGGGGCUGUAGUAGACUUAGAUUCUCAGAGAAAGGGUAAAUGCGCUGUCAUCAAAACUUCCACAAGGCAAACUUACUUUUUACCAGUAAUAGGCUUGGUAGAUGCCGAUAAGCUGAAGCCAGGUGACCUAGUUGGUGUUAAUAAGGAUUCUUAUUUGAUUUUGGAAACCUUACCAGCAGAGUAUGAUGCGCGAGUUAAAGCUAUGGAGGUAGAUGAGAGGCCUACUGAGCAAUAUUCAGAUAUUGGUGGACUUGAUAAACAAAUUCAGGAACUGAUAGAAGCUGUAGUACUUCCAAUGACACACAAAGAGAAAUUUGUGAAUCUUGGAAUUCAUCCACCAAAAGGUGUAUUGCUGUAUGGACCUCCAGGCACGGGUAAAACAUUGCUGGCCAGGGCCUGUGCUGCUCAAACAAAGUCCACUUUUUUGAAGCUUGCUGGUCCACAACUGGUUCAAAUGUUUAUUGGUGAUGGAGCUAAGCUUGUCCGUGAUGCAUUUGCACUUGCUAAAGAGAAGGCACCAGCCAUUAUAUUUAUUGAUGAGCUAGAUGCUAUUGGUACAAAGAGAUUUGACUCGGAGAAAGCUGGUGACCGUGAAGUCCAGCGUACUAUGUUGGAGUUGCUUAACCAACUGGAUGGUUUCAGUUCUACUUCUGAUAUAAAGGUGAUUGCUGCAACAAACAGAGUAGACAUCCUAGAUCCAGCCCUUCUCAGAUCUGGUCGUCUAGACAGAAAGAUUGAAUUCCCUCAUCCCAAUGAAGAGGCCAGAGCAAGGAUUAUGCAAAUUCAUUCACGUAAGAUGAAUGUGUCUCCGGAUGUAAACUUUGAAGAGCUCUCCCGUUCUACUGAUGAUUUCAAUGGAGCACAAUGUAAGGCAGUGUGUGUUGAGGCUGGUAUGAUUGCUUUGAGAAGGUCAGCUACAGCUGUUACACAUGAAGACUUCAUGGAUGCUAUACUUGAAGUGCAGGCUAAAAAGAAAGCUAACCUUAGUUACUAUGCUUAGAUGUAAAACUUGUAUUCUCCUCUAAUAUAGUUAUAAAUGAUUUAA